GGAAAAGUGAACCACUGGUUCCUGAUGGUAGUGAAAAUAAGAAGCAAGGAGGUUGAGAUAUGGGAUAGUUUACCUGGUCGCACAUGCAAAAAAACACGAGAGAAUCUAGUUUAUCAUUUGCUGAAUACACUGGAUAUGAUAUUUGAUAAUGAGAUUAUGAUUCAUUUCGAUGAAGGAUGCACAUUCUCUUCAUUUAAAAUUUGUCAUCCUGAUUGUGUUCCAAUACAACAAAAUGGAUUCGACUGUGGCAUUUAUAUGCUAAAAUUCAUGGAGGAUUAUGAGAAUGCAUCCAAAGCAGGGGACAAGUAUCAUUCUGUGAAUGAGCGUCUGCGCAUAGCUCUCUCCUUGUUGAAGCAUCCGGACAACCAAGCACGCAAAAAUAUUGCUGAAGCUAGACAAAGGUCACUACAAAAAGUUCUAUGCAAGAAACGUGGACCACAGACGAUGAAGACAAAUGAGGACAGAGUAGCACAUAGCGACACCGAUGAAGGUUUGCAAAGGUCUCCAAAGAAAAAGAAGACAAUCCAAGAAAUAGAUGCAACCAAUGUGAACAAAAAAAGAGGUCGUGGUCGGCCUCGUGGCUCAAAGAAUAAACUUAAGAAAUAACCAAUAGCGCACAACAAGUUACUACU